AUGAGGAGAACCUUGGUGGAUUUCCUGUCCACCACCAUCACUUCCUUCAACCGUGAAGAGGAGGACUCCUCCAAAGAUUCCAAGGCACCUGAGGACCGUGAAGAAGCGGUGCAGAUCUCUGAAGGUUUGGGAUCCUCUAGGUAUUUGCUGCGCUUCUUGGAGUACUUGGCACGCGUCGCUGACUUGAUGCACUCUGCUUCCCUGGACGCUGGUUUGCGCAAACCCAAGGGCAAGACAGAGGCCACCGCCCCAAGUGCCCUAGCUGUGCCCAGUGAGAAGCGCGAAACGCGCGAAACGGUGACCAUUGCCCUUGAAAGCCAUGAAGAUCAUGAAGCAGAUGCCAAAGGUGAUGAGGAAGAUCCAGAAGCAGCAGGUGUCACCAAGCUGUUUGAUGUGCUCGCCGAAGCUCCCAAAGGCAUCGUGGCCCGACUGCUGUUCGAGCUGGGCGGCCAUCGGCAAGCAUUAGCACUGUCAGAGAUGAUGAACAUUGACAUCGUGGAGGUGAUUGUGAAUUCAUCCUUCAAGUGGUCUGAUGGAGUGCAGCCCAGAGGCCAAAAUUCAUUCGCUUCACUUCCUGAAUAUCCCAUGUCUAUGGAGGUGGUCCAAUACCUGGCUCAACACGAGCGGGAGUUGCCGUUGGUUUUGUGUAAGGAGGCGCCGCUGCUGGCGACCCUGGCAUGCUUGGAAUGCCGUGGACAUCGCUGGCCCUCGUGGCAAAUGUUACACUUUGCAAAGGAGCAGAGCCACCAUUUCCCCGCCUUACACCGAUGGGUGGAGGAACGGCAAACCAUUUUGCAGGCCAUUCAAUGGGUAGAUUCUUCCCAUCCAGCUGCCAGAGGUUUGCCCCCCUUACUGCUGGGCCGAUCCCAGAGUCAGCAAGCACUGGCAGAUGGCAUGGAAUGCAGUGGCUAUACGGAAGCUGAGUUUGCAAGUUUCAGUGAAGAUGAGCAGCUGGCCCUUAGAGCUGCGGGUGAUGAUCAGGAGGCCUGCAUGUCAGCUGCAUAUACGCAGCUGGUGAAUGCACUCAUUGCAGAAGGACAGCAUGAGCUAGCCCUGCAGAUUUGUGAUGAGCAUUUGCCGGUGGAUAGUUUGCUGACUGACAAGGUCCUGCAUCUUUACUUGAAUAGCCCCAGCGCUACGAAACCAGAGAUGGAUGCAGUGCAUGAAUUGCUGGAUCAUGAGUGCAUGUACCGUGUGAAAAGCCACGCAAUAGCUGCACAAUUGACGCUGGAUCGCUACAAGUGUUGGGAUGUGGAUACUGCCGUGCAGACCCUGUCGAUGUGCUUGCAACGCAUUGAACAAGAGCCCUCAGGUAACACUGAGGCCAGUCGUGCGGCUGCUUUGAAGCAGGAACUCCGGCGAAUCCUGCAAAGGAUGGUCUCAUUUGAGAAGAUUCUUCAGGCAUCAGAGGGGCGAUGGCAAGUUUGGCAGGAAAUCGAAGAUAUGAGCAAGGCGCAGGUCAGUGAAGCUGUUGAGCAUUUGCUUUCCCUUCAGCAGCAUGACAUGGCGAGGACACUGGCGCAGAUGUAUGGCAUGACAGAUCCUUUGCACUCUCUAGAACUGUCGCGCUUGCACUACCUUUUCACUACCAAAAACGACAAGACCAAUGCAGUGAACCGACUGCUCUCACUUCCUCCUUCACAGGCAGUUUCCUUUGCACUGCAACUGCUAGACAUGUUUGACGUGAUCCAGCACCGGGCGCUUCUAUGCCAAAUGCUCCUCACUCAAUUUCAAUCGUGGCUGUCGUCCGCAGAGGAGGAAAGGCUUCGUGUACUUCUGGCGUCAUUGCAACUGCUGCAAGAGGUUAGUGAGACCAUGAAACCGCACUUCCUAAAGCUGCUGAGGAAGCCUGAGCUGAUUGUGGAAAGCCUUCUGAUGAAUGCUCGGGUGGAUCUUCUCAAAAAGUUCCUGGAAGAUUUUCCGGAAUACCGUCAUGACCAGCUGAUUCUACGCUAUGCUCGCAAGGCCCUGGGUCUAGUUGAUCAAAGAGAGCAAGGCGAGGACGCUCGAGCAGCAUCUUUUGAUGUGCCAAGAUCUGCGAUGGACUCAGAAGGUCUUGGCGGACCAUGGUGUUUGACAGGGUCUGUGACAGAUCAAGUGAUUCGUUCUCAUCACCACUUUGAAGAUGCACCCAGUAGCCACUUGGCAGAACGCAUCUUGGAGCUUUGCUCUGAUGGUCCCGAGAAUGCCGCUGCUUGCUUCCACAUUUGUGAUGAUCUCUCCCUUCGCUUAUACGAUCUGACGACUUCUGACGCUUCAUCUUCUCAGCCACCUGCAGCAAAGUCAGCUCGCUUGUUGACAUUUCUGAUUAGGCGCUUACUGAAGUACCUGCAAAGCAAAUUUUCGGGUGCUGGCAGUGCUGGCAGUGGCCGGGAAGUCCAACUGAAGCUGCAACUCAGUUGUAACAACUUGGACUUCCUGCCGCGUCUAUGGCAUGUCAGCGGCAAGAGGGUCAGCUUGGCCCAGCUCUGUGAUGCCACAGAGGCUGCCCAGCUAAGGGAUGCCUUGGUGAAGGAAGAUCACCUCCACUUGGCCUUGGAGUUGUGCAAGCGAUGUUCGCCCUUGGAGCGAAGUGAGACCCAGGGCUGGCACAUUUCAGCUGAUCCAGUGAGGGAAGCCCAGGCAGUGGCACUUCAACGCCUCAGUUUAUUUGAAGAAGCUCGACAGGAAUUCAGCAUGACUGAUGAGGCAGGCUCUGCUGGCCGACAAGCAUCUGAAAAUGCGCUCAGUGCCUUUGAGGAUGCGAUGCGCUAUCCACCCCUGUACGACUUGGCUGCCCUGGAGCAGCAGCGAAGCAUUUACACCUUCAACCGCUUGCAGAGAAAGUUGUACCGCUCCACUGCCACCAUGGCCAGUUUGCCAAUCUUCAUGCAGCCGGACCGUUCAGAAGAAGCAGUCUCUGUGCCAGUUGUGCCGAUCAGCCAAUCUCCGGAAGCUGUUUUCAAUGCAAAGGCGGGCGCCCAGAACGGCACGGCGACCGCUCCGGCGACCUCUGCGUCGGCGCUGGAGGAUCGGCUACGGGAUGCGCUACAUCGACGGAGCAAAUGGAAUGACGCUGCCAAGGUGAAAGACGUGCAACAGACGACCUUGGUGAACUCUGUGACUUUCCUCACGCCACCCAUCCAUCCCUCAGAAAUGUCGCGCUGGUCCACCCUGACGGACAUGGUCACCCUACGCAACAAGACAGCAAAGGCUGGCCAUCCAAAGGCUGAUGCCAAUUCUGCUGAAGUGAAAGCUCCUGAAGAACCCAAACCAGGAGGAUAUCCAGGUCAAUCUGCUGCAGAUGAGAAAUCUCGGGACAAAGAUCGACCCGAAGAAGGAGUGGUCGAGGAGGUGGCAGAUCCAGUCUUUGAAGAGGAAGAUGAUGCCAAUUUGAUCCCUGAGAUCAGUUACGACAAGCUAACCAUGGACAUGGCGAGUGUCUGUUGCGCUUGUUCGGCCACCUUGCAUAACUUGAGAAGUCCCAGCAAUUUUUGGCCUGAGGAUCGGCAAACGCAUAGCUUUAUGCCUGCCAGCCCCAUGGCCUUGCCCCUGGCAGCUCCAAUGAAUCUGGCUGGAGUUAAAGGCCUUGGCAGGCCUUUGAGUGCUCAGGCAUUUCAAGAGUUGCUUCAAUUCCAAGACAAAUAUGGAUCUGCUGAAUCCCUGAUCAGUUUGCUGGUUCGGGAACGGAGGCUGGCGAAAGCUUGUCAGUUCAUUUUCAGCGAGAAGGUUGACAAGCGCCUCUUCGUAGAUGUGGUGGCGCAUCAUUGCCUGGCGCACAAUCAAUUCCAUGAGCUUCAGAAGGUCAUUUUAGACUUUGAUCCUUCUCUGCGAAGGGUGCAGGAGUACCUGAAUUCCGUCAAGGACUUCCUGCGUGACAGACGUGCAUUGGACUUGCUCUACUCAUAUGAAGUCUUUACCAAGAACUAUGUGAAUGCUGGCUUCCUGGCUGUGCAGCUCUUUGUACAAUCCUCCACCUGGGAUGCCAGAGUAGGACAUCUGCAAAAUGCUGAAGCACACUUGGGCUUUGCCCACCGAAAGGUCAUGAGCAAAAGGAAGGGUGAAAGUAAAGAUGGCGGUGCAGAUGUGCCCGAUGCCAGCGCCACUACCGCUGUAACCCAUGAAGCGAUCAUCUCUGGAGAAGCUGCUGGAGACAUCAACGAAGCAGGUGCCACCGACAUCAAGCGCAACUUGGAGACGGUCCGCAUCCAACGAGCCGUUUGUGAGGCCAUGCCUACUGAGAUGCCACAGAAUGCCACCCUCUUUGGGGACCUGCCAGCACAAUGUGAAGUGGCAGAGCUGUUGAUGGUGAAUGGUCACUUCAAAUUGGCACAGAAAGUCAUGGAUUUCCUGGACCUCCCUGCGGUGGAGCUGUGUAUCCGCGCUUCCAACCAGAUCGCAACACAGCAGGCGCGCAAUGGCGUGGGGGGAUCCAUCGCUCCAGUGGUGAAGUUCCUUCAGGCCAUUCCCAAGUUGCCACCAGUGGAAUGGGACAGCCUGGUGUCCAACGUCGUGAACAUUUGGAUCAUCGAAAAGGAGGAGUUGAAUGCAGAUCGCUCUGCUGCAUCCCAGUUGGUGCCUUUCAUUCAGGAUGAAAGAUGUAAGAUGGAUGCCAUGAUUCUGAUUGGAAACCUGCAGGGUGCCUUUCACAUUGCGCAGCGCUUGGGUAGCAUGCAGGAUGUCUUGCACAUCAACAGUCGGGCUCAAGCCGUGGGCGACCAAGAGCUUUUGAAGUCCAUAGCCACCUUCAUGGCCUACAAUCCAGUGGGCAAGAAAAGGUGA